AUGACACUUGACACUCCACGUUCAUUUCCUUUCCAAACAUCACUCCAACAACAACCUGCCACCAAUGAUUCCUUCAAUCCCUUCGGAUUUCAUCCUGUCGAACCACAAACUCCCAUCGACCUCGCCGCUGUUGGUUUUGGCGGUUCUGUUUUAUUAUUUAAUUUUUGUUGCAUGAGUUUAGUAUUUUCCAAAUAUAAAAGUAUGGCUGUGAAAACAAAACAUCCGAUUUUGAUGAUGUUUUCAUUGAUUUUUAAUGCCUUGUUAUUUAUUGGAUAUUGUUUCAAUAAUUUAUUGUUGUAUCCGACAAAUUAUGAUUAUUGUGUCGUAUUUAGAGUUUGGUUUUUCAAUAUUGGAUUGUUUGGAUGGAUCAGUUGUUUAUUGACACGACUCCUAGUGACCUACAUUACAUUCAAAACACAAAAGAAAAUCAGAUUUCCAAUUUCCUUAUUUAUUGCACUUUUUAUGAUUCCAAUUUUUGUGUAUUGUCUCGUCGCAUCGAUUGUGAAAGAAUUGCUCUAUGAUCCUAAAUUACCAAAUAAUUGUAAAUAUGGAACUAUUGCUGUGGGUGUCAAUUUGGCAAUGAUCACACUCUACUGUUUGAUUAUUGGUGUGUUAAUUUUUCUCAGCAGAAAAGUUCAAGAAGAUUUCAACAGCUCAGGAACUGAGGCCAUGGGUCUUGUGGGAAUUGUUGUAUCGGUCGUGAUUGGAUUAUUGGCUUGGCUCUUGUAUCUGCAUCGAAUUAUUCCGAUUCGAAUCAUUAUUACAUUGCUUCCUAUCAUCAUUGGAUGUUAUUAUUUUUGGUCCUACUUUGGAGGGAUUGUGUAUGCCAUUGUGACAUGCUCUAGUGAGGAAUACUUUUUGGAUUGGUUGGAAAAUCAAAACGUGCAUGAUGUUGCAACGAAUCGUGAAAUUCAAGAAGAAUUGAGAGAAUGCAGAGAGAAAUUGCGUGGCAUGCAAUGUUGUACACUGAGCACGAGCAUGGAUGUGAAUCGAAUUCUCAACUAG